AUAAGAUAAGACCAGUCAAAUGAACACAGACAACUUUUGUCAUUUUACAAUUUUUAAUGAAAUUUAAUAAAUUUAAAAAUAUAUUUAAAUUAAUUAAUCACUCUUCUGAUCUCUAUAUAAACCUGGGGGCCUCUAAGUUUGUCACAGACCCACUUUUCUUGACUGCAACCUCAAAGUAUCAUAAUCUAAGCUCUCUCUUCCAUCACUUUCUUGAAAAACUUAGCAUUUUUUCCCCUAAAACCUUCAAUUCCAAAGCUUAUUUUCUCAAAAAUGGCAGCUUUUUCUUACCAACAGCACCACCCUUUUCAUUUUGACUCAGUUUUCUUGCCAAACACUACAAUCAAGAAUCUAUCUGCCUUUAUGGAAGAAGGGAACAGCAAUAUUUUCAUGAAUCCCAACUAUUUUGCUCAAUUUUACCCUUCUCAUGACCAAAUAUCACUUGAAAACUCUGAUCUUGAUGCUAGAUUUUAUGACAGUACUCCAACUCUUGAUCAUAGCUCCAUGGUAGCUUUUAGUGAUAAUGAAAAUGAACCUUCUUCUGUAACCAAGAAGCAGAGCACUGAUAAUUCAUCUACUGUGGUAGAUAAAGCUGAAAGUGGUGAACAAGUUAGCCAAAAAAUGUCUCCUAUGGACAAAAAAAGAAAAAAUUCUCUGAAUUCUGCUCAAUCUAAGGAUGCUAGAGAUGGAAAAAGCAAGAAACAGAAGAAAUGCAAUAAUGAGAUUAAAGAGGAAGAUAAAAAGGGUAAAAAUGAGAAAAAGGAUGAAAAGAAAAUUCAUGAUCAAGAUCCACCAACAGGUUACAUUCAUGUAAGAGCAAGGAGGGGCCAAGCAACAGACAGCCACAGCCUUGCAGAAAGGGUAAGAAGAGAGAAAAUAAGUGAAAGGAUGAAGAUAUUACAGCGACUUGUUCCAGGGUGUGACAAGGUUACUGGAAAGGCCCUUAUGUUGGAUGAAAUUAUUAACUAUGUCCAGUCCCUACAAAAUCAAGUAGAGUUUCUCUCCAUGAAGCUUGCUUCUGUUAAUCCUAUGUUCUAUGACUUUGGAGUGGAUCUUGAUUCACUUAUGGUCAGACCAGAGGGAUUAAGUAACUUGGCUUCACAACAUAUGCAACAAUGCACUCCUCCCACAGCUUUUGCUGAUGCAACCACCACCACCACCACUCCCACCACCCCCAUCACCACCACCGCCGCCGCCACUUUUGCCACUUUAAAUAGCUAUCCUCUAAUUGAUACUUCAGCUACACUUUUAUUGCAAGGACAAAGGCCUAGUCAUGACUUCAUUCAGGAGACUGCAGGAGCUUGUAAUGCACUGUGGGACGUAGAUGAACAAAGACAAAAACUUCUUAAUUCAUCAUCUGCCUUCACCAACAACUUAUUAAUGUGUUCUUCUUUCCAUUAAAAUUAGUGCCCUACAUUAUAACAUAUGCUUGUAAUGGGAUGUCAAAGCCAGACAAAACCAUGGAGUCUAGAGAGAAGAUCAAAGACAUGAAAAAGCUAGAGAGAGAAAGCUUGGUUUGUUCUUAUGCAAAGUACACUAUUGGCAUCUUUUUAAAAAAAAUAUAAGAGAUUUAAAAGUAUAGAGCAGAAAAUUAAUUAAAUUAAUGGAUGAAGAAGAUGAAGAUGAAGAUGAAAUUAUACGACCGACCAAAUAAGACCAUGAUCUUUUAACAGAUCCCACCCUAUCUAUAAUGCACAAAUACCAAGAUUAUCUUAGGCAUUAUUUUUACAAUGUAGAGAGUAUUUUUUUGUAGAAUUAAUGUAUUUAUGUAUCCUUGUUAUUAUGGAAUUGAAUUAUUGUAGUUACAGUUAAUUCUGUUAUUGUAGUUAUUUUUACCGUUA